AGAUCCCCUCGUUCGAUAAACCCUAAUCUCCCUCUCGAGUUCGUUGAGAGAGGGUGGGGCGACUAAGCUGUUCCUCUCAUCUUUUGCGACCAUGGAUUUGCAGCCGAACGAUUUCGAUCGGCUCGUCUUCUUCGAGCACGCGCGAAAGGCAGCGGAGGCGGCUUACGCCGUGAACCCGCUUGACGCCGAUAAUCUGACGAGGUGGGGAGGAGCGCUUCUCGAGCUAUCCUCGUUUCAGAGUGGUGAUGACUCCAUAAAGAUGGUUAAAGAUGCUAUAUCCAAAUUGGAGGAAGCCUUGGGGGUGAAUCCGAGCAAGCAUGAUACGGUCUGGUGCUUGGGAAACGCCCAUACUUCUCAUGCGUUCUUCACACCGGAACAUGAGACUGCUAUGGUUUAUUUUGACAAGGCAACUCAGUGUUUCAAGCAGGCCGUGGAAUUGGAUCCUGGAAACGAGCUGUAUCUUAAGUCACUGGAUUUGUCAGCGAAGGCACCUGAAUUGCAUCUAGAGCUCCAAAGGCAAAUGGCAAGUCAACAGGCUCCACAUGUAACAACUUCUGCUUCGAGCAGGAAGGAACCCAAGAAGAAAGUAAGCAGCGAUCUAAAGUAUGAUAUACUUGGCUGGGCAAUUCUUGUGGUCGGUAUUGUUGUAUGGGUCGGAAUGGCUAAAUCACAUGUUCCUUCCCCACCGCCUAGGUAAGGCUGUCGGCCUGUUUAUGCAUCCACGAGAGAAAGCUUCUGCCUUUAUCACUAAUCCUAGAGUGUUUACGAAAGCAAUGUGUUUUCCGAUGGAGAAUGCCUAGUAUGUUGCUUAUGCGGCUUACUCUUCUCAAGCCCAUUUUCAUGAUUUGCUUUACUAUGCAUAUUUUCAAGUUUUUAGUGUUUUCUUUCCACUGCCAUGAAAAGGAACCUUCUUGUCACCAACACAUGAUCAAAGGAAGAGUUUUAUAUUUGACCCAGGUUUAGUGUUGCUGGGUAAAUCUCAA